AUGAGGAGGGACAACCUGACCUGGGAAAGUGAGUUUGUCCUCCUGGGGCUCUCCAGUGACAGGCAGACCCAGGCUGGACUGUUUGUCCUAUUUGGGGCUGCCUAUCUGCUGACCCCGCUGGGGGUCCUCCUGCACCUGCCCAUGUACUUCUUCCUCUGCAACCUCUCGGUGGUGGACAUUUGCUACACCUCUAGUGGGGUCCCCCAGAUGCUGGUGCACUUCCUGCUGGAAAAGAAGACCAUCUCCUUCACCCAGUGUGGGACCCAGCUCUUCUUCUCAGGGGCCCUGGGGAGUACUGAGUUCCUGCUACUGGCUGCUAUGGCCUAUGACUGCUACAUGGCUAUUGGUGACCACUUGUGCUACAUGGCAGCUGUCUCUUGCCUUAUAAGCCUGGUGACUUCUGUGGUGGAGACAGUGGUCACCAUGUGCCUGCACACCUGGGGACACCAUGUGCUGAACCACGUGGCCUGUGAGUGUCACACACACACCCAGUUGUAA